ACAUCCGUGACAAAUCUUUUAUAGGUUGUACCAAACAUUAUUUGCUUCCAUUUUUCUACAUCUUCUCUUCCUUAACAAUAAUUUGUGAUCACAUUUAUUUUUCUCUAUAGUUUUUAUCAUCACUCUAUACCUUUUUGUAUAAAGUUUUCAUCUUUGUUAUUUGGAUCAUCAUUUUCUUUUCUAGUUCAAUUGAGUGUGAUUUGAAGGAAUUUUCUAGAGAAAAUGAAGGAAAAUGUUGGAAACCCUUUACAUCUAAAGUCAGUGAAUCAUAUCUCACUCAUAUGCAGAUCAGUUGAAGAGUCAAUGGAUUUCUACCAAAAUGUUCUUGGUUUCUUUCCGAUCAGAAGGCCUGGUUCUUUUGAUUUUGAUGGUGCAUGGCUAUUUGGCUAUGGGAUUGGAAUUCAUUUGCUAGAAGCUGAGAACCCAGAGAAGUUGCCAAAGAAAAAAGAAAUAAAUCCAAAGGAUAAUCACAUAUCUUUCCAGUGUGAGAGCAUGGGAGCAGUGGAAAAAAAGCUGAAAGAAAUGGAAAUCAAUUAUGUUCGAGCAACAGUUGAGGAAGGUGGAAUUCAAGUAGAUCAACUAUUUUUCCAUGACCCAGAUGGUUUCAUGAUUGAGAUAUGCAAUUGUGAUAGUCUUCCUGUAAUUCCAUUAGUUGGUGAAGUGGCAAGAUCAUGCUCUCGUUUGAAUCUUCACCUAAUGCAGAAUCAGAAUCAGCAACAAAUUCAUAAGAUCGUUAAGUGAUUAUUAUAUUAUCAUUGUGAUGUGACCAAGCUGAGGAAAACGUUGAAUGUAUGAUGAGUCAUGAAAUUGUACUUUUUUCUUUUGUUGUUAUUGUCUAGUUGUCAAUUUAAUUAUGUUCUUCCUAGUAUGUUAAAUAUUAAUAAAUAAUUGGCAAAUUUGUUCCUACUCGAAAUAGAGUGGUUCACUUUUUGGGUUGCUAA